AUGGCGGCCUCUGCUCUCUUUCGAAGACGAAACAGAGCAUCCCUACUCUGCUUUCUCCUCGCGCUCUUGGCCCACGGGCCGGCACUGGGCUCGGCCCAGACGCCGGUGUACGCCUGCGACGUGGCCGGGAACCCGGCCCUGGCGGGAUUCGGGUUCUGCAACGGGUCCCUCCCGUGGGCGGACCGGGUGAGCGACCUGGUUGGGCGGCUGACGCUGCAGGAGAAGAUCACGUUCCUGGUGAACAGCGCCGGCAGCGUGGCGAGGCUGGGGAUUCCGAGGUACGAGUGGUGGUCGGAGGCGCUGCACGGCGUGUCCGACGUGGGGCCGGGGACACGAUUCUCGAGCAAUGUGGUCCCCGGGGCUACCAGCUUCCCGCAGGUCAUCCUCACCGCCGCCUCUUUCAACACCACUCUCUUUCAGGCCAUUGGCAAGGUGGUAUCGACGGAAGCGAGAGCGAUGCACAAUGUCGGAUUAGCAGGAUUAACGUAUUGGUCCCCCAACAUAAACAUCGUACGAGACCCGAGAUGGGGGAGAACCCAAGAGACUCCCGGCGAAGACCCGCUCCUCACCAGCAAGUACGCCACCGCCUACGUCCGCGGCCUCCAGGACCGCGACGACGGCGACAAGGACCGCCUCAAAGUCGCCGCCUGCUGCAAGCACUACACCGCCUACGACCUCGACAACUGGAAAGGCGUCGAUCGAUACCACUUCAACGCCGUCGUGACGAAACAGGACAUGGACGACACGUUCCAGCCGCCGUUCAAGAGCUGCGUAAUCGACGGCAACGUCGCUAGCGUCAUGUGCUCGUACAAUCAGGUCAACGGCACUCCCACCUGCGCCGACCCUAACCUCCUCGCCGGAGUAAUCCGUGGCGAGUGGAAGCUCAAUGGCUACAUUGUUUCGGAUUGUGACUCGUUGGAUGUGUACUUCAAAUCCCAAAAAUAUACCAAAACGCCCGAAGAGGCGGCAGCCAAGGCCAUACUGGCGGGGCUGGAUCUGAACUGCGGCUCGUUUCUCGGAGACCAUACGGAGGCCGCCGUGAAAGCAGGGCUGGUGGACGAAUCGGCAAUCAACAAGGCGAUUUCCAACAACUUCGCCACGUUGAUGCGGCUGGGAUUCUUCGACGGCGACCCGAGGAGCCAGCUCUACGGCAAGCUGGGACCGAAAGACGUGUGCACGCCGGAGAAUCAAGAGCUCGCCAGGGAAGCGGCGAGGCAGGGGAUCGUCCUGCUGAAGAACAAUGCAGGGGCGCUUCCCCUGUCUCCCACCGCCAUAAAAAACCUGGCCGUCAUCGGGCCCAACGCCAAUGUCACCAAAACCAUGAUCGGCAAUUACGCAGGGACGCCGUGCAAAUACACGACGCCGCUGCAGGGGCUAUCGGCGGUGGUGGGGACGACGUACGUGGCGGGGUGCCAGAACGUGGGGUGCGGGACGGCUGACGUGGACGGGGCCACGAAGGCGGCAGCGGGUGCUGACGCGACUGUACUUAUAAUGGGCACGGAUUUGUCGAUCGAGGCGGAGAGCCUGGACCGGACGGAGCUGACGCUGCCAGGGCAGCAGCAGCAACUGGUGGCGCAAGUGGCGAGCGCCUCCAAGGGACCCGUGAUUCUGGUCAUCAUGUCCGGCGGAGGAAUCGAUGUCGGGUUCGCCAAGGAUAGUGACAAGAUCGCGAGUAUUGUUUGGGUCGGGCUGCCCGGCGAGGCCGGCGGUGGUGCCAUUGCUGACGUCAUCUUCGGGGCCCACAAUCCUGGGGGACGGCUGCCGAUGAGUUGGUACCCACAAUCCUACGCCGACAAGAUCCCGAUGACCAACAUGAACAUGAGGCCCGACAACGCCACCGGCUACCCCGGUCGUACCUACCGCUUCUACACCGGCGAAACCGUCUACACAUUCGGCGACGGCCUCAGCUACUCCAAAGUCUCCCACGAGCUCAUCCAAUCCCCUGCAAAAUCCCUCUCCAUCCCGCUCCACGCCGACCACUACUGCCGCUCGUCGGAGUGCCGGUCGGUCGACGCUGCGGAUGCAGGGGAGAUCUGCGGGAGCAGCGGGAUGAUGGAUCUCCACCUGAAGGUGCAAAACGACGGCGAGGGGAUGAAGGGCAGCCACACGGUGUUCCUGUUCACCACCCCGCCGGCGGUCCACGGGUCGCCGAGGAAGCAGCUGGUCGGGUUCGAGAAGGUGUGGCUGGAGGCCGGCGGGGAGGCGGUGGUGAAGUUUACGGUGGACGUGUGUAAGGAUUUGAGCGUGGUGGAUGAAUUGGGGAACAGGAAGAUUGCGCUGGGGGAACAUGUGCUGCAUGUCGGAGAUUUGAAGCAUUCCUUCACCAUUGGGGUUUGA